AUGGCGACAAAUGGCACCAAAGCCUCGGAUGGGCAAGUUGCGACGGAAUUGAACGAAGUUUCAACUAGUGAUAAGCCAAAUAUAGCCGAGGUGAAAGACAAGAAAAAGGAUCUUCCUGAGAGAGAAACAUGGGGAGGGAAAUUUGAUUUCCUAUUGUCGUGCGUUGGUUAUGCCAUUGGACUGGGAAAUGUAUGGAGAUUUCCUUACCUUUGUGGGAAAAAUGGUGGAGGGGCCUUCUUGAUCCCUUAUUUUUUAACCCUAAUUUUUGCGGGAGUACCUUUGUUUUUCUUGGAAUGCGCUCUUGGUCAAUACACGUCGAUUGGUGGACUCGGAGUAUGGAAGCUGGCUCCAAUGUUCAAAGGUGUUGGCCUUGCAGCAGCAGUUUUGUCAUUUUGGCUUAACAUAUACUACAUUGUUAUCAUUGCCUGGGCCCUGUACUACCUGUGGAACUCCUUCACAUCUGACUUACCAUGGAAAACUUGCAACAACCCAUGGAACACAGAGAAAUGUUACACCAACUACUCCAUAGCGGACACCACCAACCUGACCAGUGCUGUGGUGGAGUUUUGGGAACGCAACAUGCAUCAGCUAACUGAUGGCUUGGAAAACACAGGCCAGAUCCGCGUGCCCCUAGCCAUCACCUUGGCCAUUGCUUGGGUCCUUGUCUACUUCUGUAUCUGGAAAGGUGUUAGUUGGACUGGGAAGGUGGUGUACUUCUCGGCCACGUACCCUUACUUCAUGCUCUUCAUCCUCUUCUGCCGCGGCGUCACCCUGCCAGGGGCCACCGACGGCAUGCUGUUCUACAUCACGCCCAACUGGGAGAAACUCAAGCAGUCUGAGGUGUGGUUAGAUGCUGCCACCCAGAUCUUCUUCUCGUAUGGAUUGGGCCUGGGCUCAUUGAUAGCCCUGGGGAGCUACAACACAUUCCAUAAUAAUGUUUACAGAGACUCGAUCAUCGUCUGCUGUAUCAACUCCUUCACGAGCAUGUUUGCUGGAUUCGUCAUUUUCUCCAUCGUCGGAUUCAUGGCUCACAUCACUAAGAGACCAAUAGCUGAUGUCGCUGCUUCAGGUCCGGGACUGGCUUUCCUGGCGUACCCCGAAGCGGUGACCCAGCUGCCUAUCUCCCCUCUCUGGGCCAUUUUGUUCUUCUCCAUGUUGAUCAUGCUUGGGAUUGACAGUCAGUUCUGUACGGUGGAGGGCUUCAUCACAGCGCUGGUGGACGAGUUUCCCCGGGCCUUGAGGAAGAGGAGGGAGCUCUUCAUCGCCGGUGUCUGUGUCGUGUCCUACAUCAUCGGCCUGUCCAACAUCACGCAGGGAGGGCUGUACGUGUUCAAGCUGUUUGACUACUACUCAGCCAGUGGGAUGUGUCUGCUCUUCCUCGUCUUCUUCGAGUGCAUCUCCAUCUCGUGGCUUUACGGUGUGAACAAAUUCUAUGAUAACAUCCAGGAGAUGAUUGGCUACAAGCCGUGUCUGUGGUGGAAGCUGUGCUGGGUGUUCUUCACACCCACAAUCGUUGGGGGAGUGUUCCUGUUCAGUGCGGUGCAGAUGGUUCCCCUGACCCUGGGCGACUACGUGUUCCCCGGGUGGGGCCAGGGGGUGGGCUGGCUCAUGGCCCUGUCCUCCAUGAUCCUCAUCCCCGGAUACGCUCUCUACAUGUUCCUCAACCUCAAGGGCACCUACAAGGAGCGUUUGAGGAUAAUGCUGAAGCCACCUGCCGUGGUGCGGUCCCAGGUGAACGGCCCUGAGCAGCAGCCAACUGACGUCACCGUCACCGUCACCUCCACCAGCAGCUCCACUGCCAUCACGGCCACGGCUCCCGCUGUCGACAAGCCAGCCAGCCCUGUCAGCCCGACUCCAGCCCCGGCCCCGGCCCCGGCCCCAGCCCCGGCUGCAGCCACCAGCCCCACCGGAGGCACCGCCGCUACCGCCACCGCCACCACCACCACCGGCACCGCAGCUGCUGCAGCCACCGCAGCAGCAGCAGCCACCAGCCCCACCAGCCCCACCAACCCCAGCAACCCCACCAGUCCGGCCAACCCCGCCGGGCCCACCAGUCCAACCAGUCCGGCCACCGGCGAGGCGAACCUCUAA